UCCACAUGGAUAUCAUGGAUGGGUAGGUUGGACGCUCAACACUGAUCAAAGUAUCACCAUUGUUGUCAAUGAUUAUCGUACACACACUGAUUGAAACAUGAAAAAUGCUUUUACUCACUAUUGAUAUGUUGUGUUUAGUUAUCCACAUAAUAAUAACCAGACAACUAUCUCUACUCCUUUUUCUUUUUUUGCAGGCAUUUCGUCCCAAAUCUUACGAUUGGAGUUCCAGUCAUUGAGAGUCUAAGGAAGCAUACUAGGGCAUAUUUGGAUUGUCACCUUAUGGUAACAAAUCCUCUCGAUUAUGUUGAACCGUUUGGAAAAGCUGGUGCUUCGGGUUUUACAUUUCACGUUGAAGCAUCCAAAGAUAAUUGGCAAGAACUUGUGGAGCGAAUCAAGUCAAAGGGCAUGAGGCCUGGUGUGGCAUUAAAGCCUGGCACACCCAUUGAAGAAGUGUAUCCACUGCUUGAAGGUGAAAAUUCUGUGGAAAUGGUUCUUGUUAUGACCGUGGAACCUGGAUUUGGUGGACAAAAGUUCAUGCCAGAAACGAUGGAUAAAGUAAGUGUGCUGAGAAAGAAGUACCCGUCACUUGAUAUAGAGGUCGACGGUGGUUUAGGGCCUUCAACCAUUGAUGUGGCAGCUUCAGCAGGAGCAAAUUGCAUUGUGGCAGGAAGUUCAGUGUUCGGAGCUUCAGAGCCAGCCCAAGUGAUAUCCCUUAUGAGACAUAGCGUGGAGAAAGCACAGAACAUCAGUUGA